AUGCCCCUCCAGAUUAGCGAUUACAGCUGGCAGCAGACGAAGACUGCGGUCUUUGUCUCUCUGCCCCUCCGAGGUGUCUGCGUCAGAGACGCGGACGUAUUCUGCACAGAAAACUAUCUGAAGGUCAACUUUCCUCCAUUUUUAUUUGAGGUAUUUCUCUAUGCUCCCAUAGACGAUGCGAGCAGCAAAGCGAAGAUUGGGAAUGACACUAUCGUCUUCACCCUGUAUAAAAAAGAAGCGACAAUGUGGGAGACCCUAUCUGUGUCAGGGGUUGACAAAGAGAUGAUGCAAAAAAUAAGAGAAAAAUCUAUUUUACAAGCACAAGAGAAAGCAAAAGAAGCUAUGGAAGCAAAAGCUGCAGCAAAGAGGGAAGAUCAAAAAUAUGCACUAAAUGUCAUGAUGAAGAUUGAAGAAGAAGAGAGGAAAAAAAUAGAAGAUAUGAAAGAAAAUGAACGGAUAAAAGCAACUAAAGAAUUGGAAGCCUGGAAAGAACAUCAAAGAAAGACUGAAGAACAUAAAAGGAUUCAGAGAAAAGAGAAAUUAUGUCAACAAGAGAAGCAAAUUGAAAAAGAAAGAAAAAAAUUAAAACAUAAAAGUCUUACUGGAAAUCCGGCAUCUAGAAAUCUUACCAUAAAAGGGAGAAAUUCAGAAAAUAUAUUUUUUGAGAAGUUAAAGGAAGAUAGUAUUCCUGCUCCUCGCUCUGUUGGCAAUAUUAAAAUCAACUUUACCCCUCGAGUAUUCCCAACUGCUCUCCGUGAAUCACAAGUGGCAGAAGAAGAGGAGUGGCUACAUAAACAAGCAGAGGCACGAAGAGCAACGAAUACUGAUAUUCCUGAACUUUGUGACUUAAAAGAAGAAGAAAAGAACCCAGAAUGGUUGAAGGACAAGGGAAACAAAUUGUUUGCAACAGAAAACUAUUUGGCAGCUAUUAAUGCAUACAACUUAGCCAUAAGACUAAAUAAUAAGAUUCCACUAUUGUAUUUGAAUCGGGCUGCUUGCCACCUAAAACUGAAAAACUUACACAAGGCCAUCGAAGAUUCUUCUAAGGCGCUGGAACUAUUGACACCACCUGUUGCAGACAAUGCUAAUGCAAGAAUGAAGGCACAUCUACGACGUGGAACAGCAUUCUGUCAACUAGAAUUGUAUGUAGAAGGCCUACAGGAUUAUGAAGCUGCACUUAAGAUUGAUCCAUCUAACAAAAUUGUACAAAAUGAUGCUGAGAAGAUUCGGAAUAUAAUUCAAGGAACAGAACUAAAAUCUUAA